UUGGCUUCACUUCAAUGAUGAUAAUGGAAAAAAUGAUCUUUAGCUGAGACUUCUGAACGACAUGCCUUGCCGUGCCAAUCCCUUUAGCCACUCAAGCCUGCUACCGUUUAAAGUUGAGGGUCUGUCUGGAUUUGUAUGAAGACUUUUCAAGGAUUCAAAUCUUUCUUUUUAGAGCUAUUACUUGUAUUUUCUACUCAGGGGGUAAAAGGACAAUAAUGUUGAAGUGCACAAAAUUUAUCCUUAGGCUCAGCUAUCCUCGGGAUUAGUACUUGAGGAGAGAGAAUAACACGAUUCUCUCUUUUUGACUGAUAAGUGCUGUCCUAGCUAGGACUUCGUAAUAGGAUAAAAUGCUGUCCCUUUAUGGAAGAUUCUUAAGGUGAUUUGCCCCUGUUGGUUUGGACUCCUGGUGAGACGGCUCUGUGUGACCUGCUUCGAAAUCUUCAAGGUCAUUUGCGUGUCUUAUAAAGUUAGGGAUUCCAAACUUAACUGUGCAUUGGAAUCACUUAAAGAACUUUCCAAAAAAAGAAAAUAUGGAGUAUUUAGGCUACACCCUGGACAUGUUAACUCUGAAUUUUGGGAGGUGGCACUGGGGAAUUCAUGUAUUUUAAAAACUGUGCCUCAGGUAGAUUUUGAUACAGUUGGUUCCUUCCAUUUGGGAAUUGUGCUGGAUAUGUUUUUUGCUCCUUACAUGAUGUCCUUGUCCUUCUCUUUGCUCUGAGAUGCUGGGUCCUUCAGGAGCUCUCUUGUUCUCUGGCUUCUUGGACUUGAUGAUGGGAACCCUCACCAGGAGCACUCGAGGCCAAAUUUUACAAGAAAAAGAGAUACCGGAUCUGAAAGCCUAGAAAUUCCCAUCAAUGUGGUUCUGCCUCAGGAGGCAGCCUUGCUUCUCCAGAGUCACCUGAGGCCCUGUUGGGAGAUGAUGGCGGUCCAACCAGAGGGGCUGAAAUGUAGGGUGGAGGAGUCCAGUGCAGAGAGGGGCGCAGCCGAGCCGUUCCUGAGGCUGCACAGCCUGUACCCCGGGCCGCGCUGCGCCCGCCAGGCCGCGCUGCCCAGGCCGAGCCGCCGCGUGGUCAGCCAGCACUCGUACCCGCUGAACCGCUUCUCCUCCGUGCCCCUGGACCCCAUGGAGCGCCCCACUUCCCAGGCGGACCUGGAGCUGGACUACAACCCUCCGCGGGUGCAGCUCAGCGACGAGAUGUUCGUCUUCCAGGACGGCCGCUGGGUGAACGAAAACUGCCGCCUGCCGUCGCCGUACUUCUCGCCGCCGCCGUCCUUCCACCACAAGCUGCACCACAAGCGGCUGGCCAGGGAGGCCCUGCUGCAGGAGGAGAACAGGGCGCUGCGCGAGGAGAACAGGGCGCUGCGCGAGGAGAACAGGGCCCUCCGCAAGGAGAACAGGCUCCUGCAGGUCUUCUGGGAGGAGCGCAGGGCCUCGCUGGGCCGCGCGGAGAGCAGGCCCGCGUCGCCGCCGCUGCUGCGCCCCGACCGCGCGGCGCCCGAGGCGGGGACGGACGCCGCCUCGCAGGGGCGCCGCAGCGCGGAGAACAGCAGCCUGCGGCUCCUCCGGGAGGAGAACCGGGCCCUGCAGCAGCUGCUGGAGCAGCGCAAGGCCUACUGGGGCCCCGCGGAGGAGAAGGCGGGCCCCGGGGAGGACAGCGAGGCGGCGCCCUCCGCCCACGAGGAGCCCCGCGGCUCCGGGCUGCUGCCGGACCAGGGCGCAGGCCUCGCCUCCCCUUUCGAGGAGCCCAAGGGGCCCCCCGCCCCCCAGGACGACUCCAAGACGCUCCGCGCCCUGCGCCAGAUGGUCAGCAACCUGUCCGGGUCGUCCGGCGACGAGGAGGGCAAGGCCGGCCCCGGCCUGCCCGACGGGAGCCAGUCCCUGGAGCUGCUGCGGGAUUUGAACCAGGCGCUGCACGCGCUGCGCGAGGAGAACCAGCACCUGCAGGAGGAGAACCGGGCGCUGCACGCGCUGCGCCAGGAGCACCGCCUCUUCCAGGAGGAGAGCAAGGCCCUGUGCGAGAGCAACAAGCUGAAGCUGCAGCAGAAGCUGGUCAUCGACACGGUGACCGAGGUCACCGCGCGGAUGGAGAUGCUCAUCGAGGAGCUCUACGCCUUCGUGCCGGCCAAGAGCAAGGACCCCAAGAAGCCCAGCAGGGUCUGAGGCCUCCCCCGCAAGGAGCCCUGGGCGCCCAACACCGGCCAGAGAACGUCUCCCGCCUUCCAUGGCCUCCUCUGCCUUCACCCCCCAGCUGGGCCUGUUGACGAGCAGGGCUACCAUCCUCCUCAACUCAGAGAAGUAAUAAAGGCACGGGAGGCCCGGCCGGUGGACAUCA